CAAACCUGUAAACUAUACUGUGGAUAUACUGAUCAUCAUUAUUGUUGUUGUUAUCAGUGAGUCUCAGUACUGAAAGUCAUCACGUUCUUAGAUAACACUGCUUUUACUUGUUAAAAGAAGCAGUUUGGUUCUAAGAAAUUAUAGGAAGAGGGCGGAACAAGGAAGACAAGUGUAUGUUUGCGUGUGUGUGGGAGCCGCUGCAGUCUCUCAGUCGGAUGUAUCGGUCAGGUGCGCUUCACCCCCAGAGGUGAAAACUCCCGAAGUCCGUACGGUGGAUUAUUGUCUGACCACCGGGGAAGUCAUUCUUGAAAACUACAAGUCGAAGCACCGGUAUAACGUUGGAGAAAAGGCCGGUUAAAGUGUCGACUUGCGGUUUCUAAUGACUUUCAUCUUUUCUCACACUCUCCUCUUUCUCCCCAAGUUCUCAUUUUUUUCCUGUUUCAAAUGUCACUUUUGUCAUCCUUACACCCCUCUUAGGUUGGGGGUUCCAAUCUUUCUUUCAAUGAACUAACCAGUCCAUUGCACCGCUUGCUAUCUUUUCAUUCUCUUCAGCCAUCCUCUGUCUUCCUGUUCUCCUUUCUUUUCUCCUCUUCUGUCAUGUCUGUAUCCAUGAGGAACCCGCCUCAGCGCCGGCGCUCUCUAGGUCCUGUCUCCCCCAAACGCAUCUACAGAAACCUGUCCGUCAGACUGAGGGGCGGGGAGUCUUCUGUUGCCGGGGAAAUGGACACACCCAAACACCUCAGCAAGUCUGCAGAAGCUUACAAGACCCUGUGGGAAGCAGUGGAAAAUGAGGACACUUUGGCUGUACAAAGCCUGCUGUCCAGAGACCACACCAACUGUGGAGGAGGGGGAGGAGGAGGAGGAGGAGGAAGCAUGUGGGAGAGAGGAGAGAAGAAAGAGAAGGACUGGGAGAAAGAGAGGGAGAAGGGGGUGAACAGGGUGAGCGAACAGGGCCUAGUCCCCCUGGAUGUGGCUGCCCUUACCCACAAUUCCCCUCUGCUCCAUGUGUUGACAAAGGCAGGAGCCAGACAUAACCCUGUUUUGUGCCGACCAGCAGAGUGGGCUCUUAAGCUGGAUGCUCUGGUGGCCUUGGCAGGAAAGCGGGUGGAGGAGAGGAAGAUGGAGUUGGUGAGGAAGGCGGGGCCAGGGCCUCAGGCACAGGCUGACAUCCACAGACACAUCCGCCUAUGGAGCCUCAGGCUGCAACUGUACUGCCGGAUGAGAGAGAACUUCCUAAACACAGAGCUCCCUGGGCCUCCCAGUCAUGUAUCCAUAAUGGUGACCAGCACAUCCUCUCUGUUUGUGGUAAUCAAAGAGCCAGAAGGUGACACCAUAGGGCUUAUCACCCGCUACAGAGUGGAAUGGAGCACCUCAGCCAGCUUCAAACGUAUCCUCGGUUCAGCCCAAGUCACAGAAACCAAGAACCCCUCACAUAGUAUCAAGGGACUCACAGCAGGAGUGCAUUACUUUGUAAGAGUGAGUGCCUUCAAUGUGAAAGGAUGGGGCCCGCCUCAGUACUCCACUCCAGCCAGCGCUGCCCCCUCCAGUUGGAGAGAGUGCAUCGGUGCAAAGUCACAGUUCAAAAAUCACGAAAGCCUUGUGAGGAAACUGCUGGAAGAUGCCAAAGAGCCACAUUACAGAGGAUUCUGCAUAGAGAGCUCUAAGCCCCAGAGUCCCAGCAAGCGCCUGUCUGUGUCUCGAGGCAUCAAACAACUGUUCCAGUCAGCCACCAAGUUUGUUCGUCUCCUACAGAGGGGAGUGUACUUGGCUACUGUGUUCUACCACAAGGAAAACAUCCUGGUGACUGCUGAAGAUCAGAUCCCACUGGUGGAGAUUCAGUGCUGCUCCACCUCCAUCAUUCAAGACUUUCUUUGGUUUGCCAAGUUGUCCUGUGCUUGGCAACAAGUGCCGUGGCUUCAGCAGGCCCUUUCCUCUGCUCAUUCAUCUCCCUCGUCCCUCCUUCAGAACAGACACAACAUUUUAAGAGCUGUUUCCCAGCUGCAGUCUUCCCUGGGAACAAUUGAUCUGGGCCAGGUGUACUACGAGCCUCUGAAAGACCGGCAGGGAAAUGUCUUAUUAGUGACUCUGAAGGAGUUCUCAAACCCUCCCAGCCCUCCUGACCCUCCGCUUCACUGGAUGCCCCUGGCCCGCCUGGAAAAGAACCGCAACAGAACUCCUCUGCUGCCUGAGCCCACUGCCAUGGACAUGCUCUCUGAGCAGCUCAAGGAGAAACUAUCCUUCCACAGGCACAGCAUUCAGUGGGCCCAGCCAGGUCUGUAUGUGGGCAUCCUGAAACUGUGCAGCUCAGUAGAACAGAUCAGGGUCCUGGUGCCCCAGAGGCUGCCCAAUCUGCUGUGCCACACACGGGUCAGACAUAAUGCCCAUGUUUCCAGAGAGGAGUGGGCAUGGCUUCAGAGUCAUGUUUACACCACGACCAACGGCAGUGUUCAGAACCUGCUGAGCGGCGAGGAUGAGAACUUGAUGGAGAGCAGCGGAGUGGUGGAGUUUGUCAGGUCUCUGAGAGCAGCAGUCACACAUCUCCUGACAAAGCUCAACAUCCCCCUCUACAGGGCUUAUCAGUAUGGUGUGUACACCCGUGAACUGCUGCAAUUUGGAGACAAGCUGUCUAUGGUGCUGCUGCUGCCUCCCAGCGAGGACUUCAGCUCCAGUUAUUGGCCUCUGGUGGGGACUAAGGAACCUGGGCUAACCAUGCCCCUCCAGAUCUUUGAACUGGUUCACUUCUGGACGUUUGAGCGGGACUUCCUUUGCCAGUACUGCCAGGCCUGGGUGAGGCUGGAGCUGGACACCCAUCUGGCCCAGCAGGCUCUGCGGGAGUCAUUAGACACCAAGGAGGUGCAGGAAGCCCAAGAGCGCCUCAAUCACAUCACUGAGCUUUCCCAUCGUCUUGAUGUCGUUUGGAGGGGUGCUCGCUGGAUUAUGGACUGUCUGCAGUGCGUUCGGUCUAAACAGUGGGUGGGGGCUGUGCCUCUAGGCCUGGUGAUGGGAGGAGAUCCACCAGCAUGUCCUGAUGGUGAGGAAGAGGAGGAGAGGUUGACGGCCAGACUGACGUGGCCAAAUCGGAUACAAGCACAGAGACAAGCUGUAACAGACUGUUUGGUCAGCGUAGCUUCACCAAAUGUUGUCACUGCCGAGGUCUCUGCUCCAGCAGGACUCACGAUUGUCCCUGAAGAGGCUGCGCUGAGUUUAACAGAGGGCGUGGCUAAGGGAGGGUACCCUGUAGACAUUGCCGCCCAGUCAGCCUUGGACUUGACAUGCAUCGGAGAGCCAGAAUUAGGAUGCACAAGCGCGUUGAUUGAAUCUGGACUAGAACCUGCUGCUGUUGCACAGUUGGACACAGCAUACAAAGCUUUAGACACACCAGUGUCCUAUAGUGAGGAACAAGACUUUCCUCCCAGCAUCACUGAGGUAAUGCAGCCAAUGGAGAUGGCAGAGUUGGUGGACAUCUUGCCCACACUGAGUCUUAUCGAGGAGGAGAUCCCAAGUGGCCCAUCCACACCAUCAGUAAUGGAUAUGCUCGAGAGCUUUGCACUGGAGAUUCGUGAAAACAGCACCUUUUUUAACUUAGAGAAUUCCAGCUUGACUGAUGGAGCCGGGUGUAACAGCAGCAGCAGUAUGAGAGAGACACACUGUGAGAAUACUGUGUUACAAGGACAAGAUGUGCCUGCCUGUCCAGCCGUGUUGAAUGCCCAGAGUGCUGACCUGCCAGUAUUGAGUUGGAAUGUUUCUCCACUGGAUGCAGAGGCUCAGCAGGUUUCCAGCAAGGGAUCGUGCUUUCCCAUAAGAAGUCAGGUGGAGUGGGACAGACCCUCUAACAGUUCAUCCUGAUAUCGACUUCCAGUCUGCUUCAAACUUGUAAAUUUGCAAACAAUUUAAAACCUAACAGUAGACCAAAUGACUUCUCCCUCGAUGUCUGACAGUCCAUCAGUGUCCACCUGCCCACUUAAAUAUUGACUGUUAUGGAGGGGAAUUCCAGUGACCUCUAGAUACAACUUCAUUUAAGACACUAUUACAGCUGAUCUAAUAAUGGAUGUGGAAAAUGCAAACACCAUAACUACACUGAUUUAUGUCAUUUGCACAUUUCUAUGCCUGUACUUUCCUUUUUCUUUUCUAAUGUCAAGUCCAUUAGAGCUUUUCUGGUGGAAAAAUUAUAGCAAUAGCUCUUAUGACUUUAAAAUCACUCAUAAUAGCACAAAGAAACAUUGUUGCUUGUUGGAGGUGGUAAAACUAAUUAAAGUUAGUUAUUACAUACAGCAUACAGAGUAAAAUGAAAGUGUUUGCUUUGCAGUAUAUAAAAAAGCUGUUGUACUGCAUGUGUAACAGAAUAGUCAUGGUUAUGGUUUGGUUUACCUUUUGGCAUUGCAUAACAGAACAGUAUAAUCCUGUUGAUAAAUAUAAUUACUGCUGUCAGCCUAACCAGCUCCACAAAGUCAGGUAUCCAAAUCCUGAUAAUGAGAGAAGAAACCUAAUUUAGACAAGAAAAGUAACCUAAUGAUGCCAGUCCAAGGAAAUAGAGGAUGAUUUGUUCUUCAGUUAUUUUCAUAAAUGAUUCCUCACUUCAAAAUAUGUUUUCUGCGUUGUUAAGGAAUAUACGAGGCAAAUUCACACAUUCACAUCUGUUCUUUGCUUUGGGGGGAGAUUUGGUCUUGCAUUGUUGCUUCUGUAUUCUGUAUUGCCAUUCAGUGCCUUUAAACAAAUGGACAUAUGGCUAUUUUCAGGACUUCGAACUUUUCAUGACUUUAACUUUUCAUUUUGCAUUGCAAUACAAUGUUCAUAUUAUUGGGCAGAUAUUAUCUUGGGCAUUAUAUCUGGUAAAAUAAUUAUUUAAGUGGGUUAAGUUAUAACAUUAAACAUCAUGAACAUGUGGAUAACCAAAUUUUGAGAAUGUCAUUAUGUGUUUAACUGUUAAGCUGGUUAAAUUGCCUAAAUUAAUGUUGUUAAAAAUCUCAUAAAAUACUACUUGAGACUUUCAAACAGUGCUUUAGUGUUGUAUAUUUCACUUUUGAUAUGGUUGGCAUCUCCCAAAUUUGUUCUUGUGUGAAAAGAAGCACAAAUGUAUGUCUGCACACCCACGGUACGCUCCAUGAAGCGUUGUUAAUGACACCUCUUCUAAGGACGUUUCAGGUGCACUUGUCAAGGACAAAUUAAAUAAUUUUUCAUUCUUAAUGUUGCUUUGAUCACCUUAUGUAAGUCCACCAGAGCUCAACGAGAUCUCAAGCAGAGGCUAAUCAAGCAGAAGGACUGAAAACACCAGUGCGUGUAUAAUUACGCACUAUCAAUGAAGUAUACACACAAUAGAGG